AUGAACGUUCCAGCACCAACAGGAACCCAAGGCCUGAGGAAGGACGACACCACCAUCCCGUCAGCCGACGAAUUGCUAGAGCACGAGGGGAGUCCACUGUGGCGUGACCUGGUGGCCAGGUGCCAGAGGGUGGCCGUGUGGGUCGUGUCACUGGGAGCGGUGCCUGGGCACGUGUGCCUGGUGCCCGAUGGCCACAGGCGCUUUUCCAGGGACACCAGCACUGACCUGCGCCGGGUGUAUGCUGUUGGGGCGCACAAGUACGCAAAGGUGCGCGAGUGGUGGUUCCGGGCCGGGGUGGAAGUGCUGAGCGUCUUCAUGUUCAGCGUGCGGAACUUCAGCCGGAACUCGUUUGACAUGACCUCCGCGCUGAAUCAGGCUAAUCAGAUACACGUCGACAUCGUGGACAAUGUAGACGCGUUCCGCGCCAUGGGAAUGCAGUCCUGCGCUUGCGGCGACCUCGAGCGGCUACCCGAGGAACUGCGCGCUAGUCUGGCUCGCUCUGAGAUCGCCACGUCGAGCAUACGUGAGAAGAGCCUCAAAACACAAAUGUCGUGCGCCGCCUACAAUACCACGUACCAGAUGUCCCGGAUGGCUCAGCACUUGGCCACGGCCGUUAAAGAGGGACUCUUGUACACCGA